ACCCUCGUCAGGCCCCAGCCCUCGAUCGCACUCCUCACUUGUCCUCUCACCUCACCUCACCUCACCUCGCCUCGACCUCGAGCAGCGAAAGGGAGGAACUCUGGACCGAGAAACAAAAGGCAAAAGCACCAGCAGGUGAUCAACUCCCCUCGGCAACAACUCCGGCCUCCACUCGCUGCGGAUGUUUCACUCACCUGUGACGUGAGGCGGCACGGCAGGUAGAGGUAGACGCUGCGUCUCCCUUUCUAGCCUCUACCUGUACCCAUAUACCAUCUGCUCGAUCUCCCGUCAGUUCUUUAUCCUCCAACGCUGGCGACAGAUUUCAGCGUUCUUUCGCAAUAUCGCAAUGGCGACGGCCUGCUUGAGCUCCGUCUCAGCUCAGCUCCCGGCGGAGAAGCUGUAGACCUGUAGCCCCCGCCCCCCUGCUAACCAGCCAUGUCUCGCAACCGCUCCAAGAGGUGGCUCCUCCCUGUUUCUGCCGUGUUCAGUCUGACGAACCUUAAUUAACUUCACUGUGCUUGCAAAACCUUGUUUGGAGCGUUGCCGCUGUCUCGCGUCACAGGAAUUAGUCUUAGCCAAGAAAGACGGGGUUCUUGUGUUUUAGAAGCGGUUCCAGGCUAACGCCCUUGGGGAUUUUGCACUGCAAGCGAUUGCGAUUCUAUCGGAGCGCUCAUCAGGAUGGAUAGCGCCGCGGACUCGUCUUCACCGAGGUGCCACCACGGUCAGUAUCGACAGGAUGCCGGAGAACUCGAGGACCAGACUAGCACCAGCAAGAUGCCGUCCAGUGCUUCUGAGCUUCCAUGCUCCUUGAAGCGUGAGGUCCGAGUCCUUGAAAAGCGACUGGAUGAUCAAUUCGUCAUGCGCCGUGCUCUUGAGAAAGCACUAGGUUACAAGCCUUGUGCUGUUCAUGCAUCAAGUGUGAACUGCAUUCCAGAGCCGACUGAGGAGCUAAUCAAGGAGAUCGCAGUGCUCGAGCUAGAGGUCAUAUGCUUGGAGAAACAUCUCCUGACACUAUACCGAAAGGCAUUUGAGCAACAAUUGUCCCCUGUGAACUCUGCUUGUGACGCGGAAAAUAACAAGCAGCCAGCAAGGUCUUUUUCAGGCAUACUAUCUGAAGCUUCAGUGCUCAGUUUCUCGACCCCAAGGAAGCAUCAGCCAGUCCAGUCCAGUCGAAUGGUCCUGGCACGCAAGUCCACGCCUACAGCUUCUACAAGCGAGGCUAGCAGUGAAAAGAUCAACAUCGGACGCAGCCAUUCCUCGCUCCUGCACCGUUCUGUCAGGGUGUCUCCAUCCGCAAACAAUCUUGCUAGAGCUCUGAAACCAUGUCAUACUUCACCUCUAUCUUUUGUUGAGGAAGGGAAGUGCAUGGAGCCUGGAGUUGUGAGCUUGGCGGACAUCUUGGGGACCAGGGUUGCGGACCAUGUUCCUCAAACGCCCAACAAGAUAUCCGAGGACAUGAUCAGAUGCAUCGCGGCCAUAUACAUAAGGCUGAGAGACGUCCCUUCCGCCGCCGCGCAGCAUGCCUUCUUCCCCUCACCGUGCUCGUCCUUCUCUUCAGCAAGCGGACUGUCUUCCAAAUACACUGCAGAUGUAUGGAGUUGGAGCCCCAGGUGCAGGAGAGAGAGCUUCACUGAGGCGUGGCAGGUGCAGGACAACGAGCUAGGCCUAGGCGGUGGUGAAGCAAGGGACUCGGGGCUGCAGUACGAUUCUGUGAUAGAGGUGUCUGCUCUUUGCAAGGGCGAUCAGAGGUCCGCUGACGUUAAGGACAUGCUGCGCAAGUAUAUGUCACUUGUACAGCUUCUAGAAAGUGUCGACCUCGGUGGAAUGAAAAACGAGGAGAAGCUUGCUUUCUGGAUCAACGUGCAUAACGCGAUGAUGAUGCAUGCCCAUAUAGAGUACGGGAUCCCACAGAGCAACAGCAAAAGGAUACUGCUUACCAAGGUAUCCUACAUCGUUAGUGGCCAGAGAGUAAACGCGGAGCUGAUAGAGUACCAGAUCCUGUGCUGCCGAGCACACUCUUCUGGACAGUGGCUUCGGCUGCUGCUCCACCCGAAAUGGAAGUCCGGCAGGGACAGGGACGAGGAGCUGCAAGGCUUCGCCGUGGAUCGGCCCGAGCCUCUGGUGCACUUCGCACUGUCCUCCGGUAGCUACUCGGAUCCAGUGGUGCGGCUCUACAGCCCCAAGAGCCUGUUCCAGCAGCUGGAGGCGGCGAAGGAGGAGCACAUCCGCGCCAACGUCGCCGUCGGCGUGCGCGGGCGGGGGCAGCGCAAGAUCAUCCUCCCCAGGGCCCUGGAGCUGUACGCGAGGGACGCCGGGCUGGGUGCGCAGGAGGUGGUGGCCGCGGUCGCGUGCCACCUGCCCGACGGCCUCCGGGACGCCGUGCGCCGGAGCCCGCCGGCCGGGCGGGCGCGCGGCGGCGUGGAGUGGAAGCCCCACAACCUGGCGUUCCGGUACCUGCUGGCCAAGGAGCUGGUCGGCGGGUCGCCCGCGUGCGGGCGGCAGCAACUUAAGAAAUGCGGCCCCCCGAUCGGUGCGCCGCUGCGUGCUGAUCGGUGAUCCGUCAGCAGAUCGCCGUGGGUCCGUGGCCGUGCCGAGCCGAGCCCGAGGUGCGGUGCGGGGGUAUCAGGGUCUGUAUGUACAGAGGGAGAUGGACAGGAAGAUGAUCUGAAUAGUGUGCGCUCUGCUGUAGCUAGUUUGGAUCAUUCUGAUUGGAUGGGAUUGAAAUGAAUAUGAGUGUAUCCUAACUUGCCCUCAAUCCCAUGAAAAAUAAGUGUAUCCAAAUUAGCCUUCAAGUGUGAAUAGUGCCACAUGAAUUCUUACCUUAGGACUUGUUUAGGAGCUGUUUAGGAGCUAGAGGAAUGAAGAGAAUUAAAAAGGCUAAAAUCAUUUUGAUAUUUAAUUUUAAAUAAAGAGAGGAUUUUAAUCUC